UCUUGCAUGAGCCGUCAACAAAAAAUAGAGCUUUACCGGCUUUCUCCAUCCAAAUUCACGAUUCCCAUGCACAUAGAAGAUGUUAUCCAAGUCUCCACGUAUCAUCUUCUUAUAAGAGAACAAACAAAGGGAAACCCAUCCAGGCCUUGGUCAUCAUUUUGCAAUGGAAACUCCAGCCUCUAGAAUGGGGGAAGAAAGCCGAAGAGGAGGAGCACUUCCUCCACAUCCACCCUCCUCUCCAACCCAUAUUCCAAAAUGGUUCGCUGGCAUCAAGCAAACAAUCCUCUCGGAACUCCGAGCGCAGCGAGGGAUUGCCCUUCCCCUGGCUGCGAUGAACCUGACAUGGUUUGCAAAGACCGCCAUCACCACCGCCUUCCUCGGCCGGCUGGGGGAGCUCGAAUUGGCAGGAGGUUCGCUAGGCUUCACCUUCGCCAAUGUCACAGGCUUCUCGGUGUUGACAGGCCUCUGUUGUGCCAUGGAGCCCCUAUGCGGUCAAGCCCAUGGGGCCAGAAACUCAAAGCUUCUUCGUAAGACGCUCGUCAUGGCCACCACCUUACUACUGGUAGCCUCUCUCCCAAUCUCCCUCCUAUGGCUCAACGUGGACAGAAUUCUUGUGCGCUUUGGGCAACAAAAGGAUAUUGCUGCUCUUGCAAAGAAGUACAUAACUUAUCUUCUCCCCGACUUGGUGGUCACCUCCUUCCUCUGUCCUCUCAAGGCCUAUCUGAGCUCACAAGGAGUGACACUGCCAAUACUAUUGAGCUCAGCUAUGGCACUAGCUUUCCAUUUUCCCCUUAAUGUCUUGCUCUCAAAGCGAAAGGGGCUUGAGGGUGUGUCGAUGACGAUUUGGCUGACAGACCUAACUGUGGCGAUCAUGCUAGUGUCCUAUGUGUUGGCGACGGAAAGGAGGAAGAAGGGCGACAGCACCAAGCUGUGGCCGGAUGCAGGAGGAGGAGGGUGGUGGGAACAAAGGAUGCAGGACUGGAUCCGGUUGCUCAGGCUCUCCGCGCCGUGCUGCCUGAUGACAUGUCUGGAAUGGUGGUGCUACGAGAUCUUGGUCCUGCUCACGGGGAGGCUUCGGAACGCCAAGCAGAUGGUGGCGGUGAUCGCCGUCGUGCUCAACUUCGACUACCUGCUGUACUCGGUGAUGCUCUCCCUGGCAACAUGCGCAUCCACGCGCGUGUCGAAUGAGCUCGGUGCAGGUAAAGCACGGGAAGCUCGUGAGUCCGCCUACGUCUCGUUAGGCCUCGCCGUCCUGACCGGAUUUCUGGGCGCAUCAGCCAUGGUGGGUGCAAGAGGGCGUUGGGGAUACUUGUUUAGCCAUGACGAGGGGGUCGUGGAAGGGGUGAGCAGGAUGAUGCUGGUGAUGGCUUUGAUAGAGGUGGUUAACUUCCCCUUGGCUGUUUGUGGCGGCAUAGUGCGGGGGACGGCCAGGCCAUGGCUGGGAACGUACGCUAGCCUCGGAGGUUUCUAUCUCAUGGCCUUGCCUCUGGCUGUGGUAUUGGCUUUCAAGGUAAGGCUUGGACUCGGUGGGUUGUUGCUGGGAUUUCUGGUGGGUUCUGCAGCCAGUGCCAUUCUGCUAGUGGUGUUUGUGGCCUCUCUGGAUUGGGAUGGGGAAGCAGAGAAGGCACAAAAGUUGGCCGGCAUGAAUUCAGAGGUUGGAGAAGGAAAUUGUGGUAUGGAAAUGGUCGAAAGUAACAGUGUCUGAUUCACUAACAAACAGAGAAUGAGUCAGUGUCAGAUCUUGUUGCUAGAAUUAUGAUUUUCUUGUUUUCUUCUUCUGUUGGAAGAUAAUAGGGCCCCUUCAAACCAUGGGGAUGGUGCCUGUGGAUGAGUAGGAACAAGGCUAUUUAAUAACUCUUUCCAUCC